GGCCCGGCCCCUCCCUAGAGGGAGCAGCGCGACAGUGGGCUGCGGGCGCCGCCUCUGCUGCAUCGGUGGCUGCGCGUUCCGCUCGGCCCAGCCCAGCUCGGAAUUGGAGCCCGCGCGCGCCGCGCUGCCUUCCCCUCCUCCUCUGCCACCGCCCUGUGGGCAGCUCCCCCGGGCCACACGCAAGUUCGAUCCUCCUUUCCCUGGUUUACGGAUUUCCGAGGGCGAAGAAUUUCGCCUCGGUCCCUGCGAGUGCCUCUCGGCCUCUAGCCCUCUCCCCUCGCGAUUCCCCCUUCCCGUGGGCGCGCGCGCGCACGCUCACACACACACACACACACACACACACGCACACUCACACUCGCCGGCGCGCGUGCGCACGGCCGCGCGCCCUGAGCCGCGGAGUCUCCACCGCCUCUCAGCAGCUCCCACUGUCUCCGGCGCCGCUACUCACACAGGCUUCCAGCCGCCACUGGGCGUCCUCUGUCUGCGGUAGCGCGGCUGAGGCGGCGGUGGGAAAGGUAGCUGCAGCCCGGCGCGGUCUCAGAGCUCCGUGCCCUGGACCGAGUCCGGGGAGAAGCGGAGAAGGAGGACGCCGAGGCGAGGAGGAGCCGCGCCGCGCCCGGGUCCGCGCGGCUGGCUGCCUCCGCUACGGGUACCGCGGCCCCAGAAGCCUUGUCAGUGGAAAACAAACAGCAACUGAUGCAAGCUAAUGUUGACAACUUUAUAUCAUUACGCCUCUGAUUUCCUUUUCUUGUCUCACAUUGUUGGCCUGAAGUAGUGAUCGCUCGCAGGUCCUUUGCAGCCAGCAUGAUGCCAUCUUUAUAACCCGUGGAGGAGAGAGCGCUCACCAUGUUCAGAGCAGCUGUCAUUGAAACGUUCCCUGUUCUCUGCACACCUACACAGUAAAUGGGUAUUUGGUCCUUGGGAGAACUAGCGCCCUGGAGAGCCGCCAUGCUUGAUUACUGUGCAACCAGCCCCAGAGAGGCAUUGUGUCUCUGAGUCACCUGAGCUCUGUGCUGCUGCCUUCCUGCUGUCCACCCACCUCUCUUCACCUCUGACGGUCUUCCCCUAGUGUCUGCAGGCUCUUCUGGGACGACUGUCUCAAAGGGAAGUGCCUCUCAGAAGCAUCUGGCAUGUCAGAGCUACAGCGUCUUCCAUGGGACUUCCUUUGUGAACAGCUUCCAUUUAAAAGAGUUGUGUGAAUACCUUGUUUCAGUCAAGUUCCCAAAGAACACAUUUGUCUUCUGAUCUGCUGGAGGUCUUAAGGAAGCUACUAGAGAAUGAGCUCCACAAAAAUGAGGAUGUAAACCAAGAAAGAGGAAACCAUGGGAUCCAGGAAGCGGGGGACCCAACACAGGCGAGAGGCACAGGGGUUUCGCAAGAUGGUGUUAAAAAGAAGCCCCAGGACAACAGAAUCCGACGAUCUCCGUGGGGACCCUGCACUCAGCCAUCAAAGCACUCCCGCCCCUCAGGAUGCUCGUAACUCAAUAGUAGAUGCAGGCGGCCUUGAAAGCAUCACACAGUGUCCCCAGCAGCUUCCUCAGAUGAUGGCUGCAGCAGCCGAUGGUUUGGGGAGUCUCGCGAUCGACACAACCCAGCUGAACAUGUCAGUGACGGACCCCACUGCCUGGGCCACCGCUAUGAAUAACUUGGGCAUGGUUCCCGUGGGGUUGCCUGGACAGCAGCUCGUGUCGGACUCAAUCUGUGUACCAGGCUUUGAUCCAGGCCUCAACAUGAUGACUGGGAUCACCCCUAUUAACCCAAUGAUACCAGGCCUGGGGCUGGUACCCCCACCGCCAACAGAAGUGGCUGUCGUCAAAGAAAUAAUCCACUGCAAAAGCUGUACUCUUUUCCCCCAAAACCCAAAUCUUCCACCUCCCUCCACAAGAGAACGACCUCCCGGGUGUAAGACCGUGUUUGUCGGGGGAUUACCAGAAAACGCCACUGAGGAAAUCAUCCAAGAAGUCUUUGAGCAGUGCGGUGACAUCACGGCGAUUCGGAAAAGCAAGAAGAAUUUUUGUCACAUUCGCUUUGCAGAGGAGUUCAUGGUUGAUAAAGCCAUUUACCUUUCUGGUUACCGGAUGCGCUUAGGGUCUAGCACGGACAAAAAGGACUCAGGCCGGCUGCACGUGGACUUCGCCCAGGCCCGGGACGACUUCUACGAGUGGGAGUGCAAGCAGAGGAUGCGCGCCCGCGAGGAAAGGCACCGGCGCAAGCUGGAGGAGGACCGGCUGCGGCCACCCUCGCCGCCGCCCAUCAUGCACUACUCGGAGCACGAGGCCGCGCUCUUGGCCGAGAAACUGAAAGACGAUAGCAAGUUUUCAGAGGCCAUCACAGUGCUGCUCUCCUGGAUUGAGCGAGGGGAAGUAAACCGGCGGUCCGCAAACCAGUUCUAUUCCAUGGUGCAGUCGGCCAACAGCCAUGUCCGCCGGCUGAUGAACGAGAAAGCCACCCAUGAGCAGGAGAUGGAAGAGGCCAAGGAGAAUUUCAAAAAUGCCUUAACCGGGAUCCUCACUCAAUUUGAGCAGAUUGUGGCCGUUUUCAACGCUUCUACCAGACAAAAAGCUUGGGACCAUUUCUCGAAAGCUCAGCGCAAGAACAUAGACAUUUGGCGAAAGCAUUCUGAGGAGCUCCGGAACGCUCAGAGUGAGCAGCUUAUGGGCAUCCGCCGAGAAGAAGAGAUGGAAAUGUCAGAUGAUGAGAACUGUGACAGCCCUACUAAAAAAAUGAGAGUUGAUGAAUCAGCCCUGGCCGCCCAGGCCUACGCGCUUAAAGAAGAGAACGACAGCCUCCGGUGGCAGCUGGACGCUUACAGGAACGAAGUGGAGCUGCUGAAGCAGGAGAAGGAGCAGCUGUUUCGAACGGAAGAAAACCUGACCAAGGACCAGCAGGUGCAGUUCCUGCAGCAGACCAUGCAAGGCAUGCAACAGCAAUUGCUGACCAUCCAGGAGGAGUUAAACAACAAAAAGUCAGAAUUGGAACAAGCAAAGGAAGAGCAGUCACACACACAAGCAUUACUCAAAGUCCUCCAGGAACAAUUGAAGGGUACCAAGGAGUUGGUCGAGACCAAUGGCCACAGCCAUGAGGACACAAAUGAAAUUAAUGUGUUGACAGUCGCAUUGGUCAACCAAGACCGAGAGAACAAUAUUGAGAAAAGAAGCCAAGGCUUAAAAUCAGAGAAAGAAGCUCUGCUAAUCGGCAUCAUAUCAACGUUUCUUCACGUCCACCCCUUUGGAGCCAAUAUAGAAUAUCUCUGGUCAUACAUGCAGCAGCUGGACUCCAAGAUAUCUGCAAACGAAAUCGAAAUGCUUUUGAUGAGGUUGCCACGCAUGUUUAAACAGGAAUUCACAGGCGUGGGAGCAACGCUGGAAAAAAGGUGGAAGUUGUGUGCCUUUGAAGGAAUUAAAACUACCUAACUGUGAAGAGCAGCAAAGUCUCUGGAUAUGAAACUGCCCGAACCCAGCCAGGGCUGUGCAGUGUGAGCCCAGGAGGUUUGGGGCUGGUCCAGCGCAGGACCUUUAUGGAGCCAUCAGAGCCUGACUUUAGUUACAUCUGUGGAGUUCUCUUGUGAGUGGAAAUGUAAUUGUGUACCGGUUCCCUAAAACAAACAAAGCUUCAUACUGUGACAGAUAUGUUUGCUAUGAAAACCAACGAUUCCACAGUCAUGAUGGCAAAACCUUAAAAUAUGCUACAUUUGAGAAUAGCUCACCAAGUAAAAUAUUUAAAGUUAAUGAUGGUGUGGCAAUGGUUGUUGCUAGGCUACAGAGUUGUUGUAUAUGUAAUCUAUAGCUGAAAUCAUUCAAUGACAUUUUCCUGAAAGUCUUUCUGUUUUAGUAAAAAAAAAAAAAAAAAAGAGAGAGAGGAAAAAAAGUAAUUUUACAGUGAGAAAAAAAAUCAUACCAAAAGAAAACUUGAAUAUGUGUCUGAACAGUUACUGUAUUUUGUAAAUUAAGUUAUAUGCUGUUCUAGGGACUUUUGCCUUAUUGAAGAGGCAGAAGAUGUGAUUGGACUCCUUGAGAAUGCUUUACCAAGAAUAUUAUUUUUCUAAUGUAACAAUUCUCCAUCAUAAGUUCUUUUAACAUGGACUGCAUAACAAUUUUCAUAAAAUGUAAAUAAAAGAAAAACUAGUGCUACUGUCUUGUACUUGGUAUAAAAUUCAGGUUUCUGCAUCAAAAUAAACAUUCAGUAAAUAUUCCUGUUACAAAUUUUAUAGCAAAGAUAUUAAUUUUUUUCAAUAAAUAUGACUU